UCUUUCCAAUGUGCCCCACCUUUUCCACGGCUACGAUGUUAUACAAAACUCACACAACUCAGCGGAAACAAAAACAAACGUUGUAGGUGAACAGCUCUCAGCAGUAAUUUUAGAACGGUGGUCUUCGAUUCCAUACACCGGCGCGAACUCGCAGAUUUCUUCUCACCCAAACCUUUCCCUGCUUUCUCUGUUCUCGAUUAUAUCCAGAUCUGCCUUUCUCCUCCUACUUUCUCAUCGAAAUCUCUGAAAAUGGAGAAAGAAGAGCAGAAAUCCCCAGAGUCGGAAGUUGACGGAAAUGAGAAGGUAGAAGAAGCGGAGGCAGUUGAAUUCAUGCUCUUCCAAGUCGCAGAAUGCUAUGUCUAUCUGAUACCACCAAGGAAAAGUGCAGCUUCUUACAGGGCUGAUGAAUGGAAUGUCAACAAAUGGGCAUGGGAAGGGGCAUUAAAAGUAAUCAGCAAAGGGGAGGAGUGCAUUAUCAAGCUUGAAGAUAAGACCACAGGAGAGCUUUAUGCUCGAGCAUUUCUGAGAAACGGGGAGCCACAUCCGGUGGAGCCUGUGAUUGACAGCAGCAGAUACUUCGUUCUUCGGGUGGAAGAGAAUAUAGGUGGUCGUCUACGGCAUGCUUUCAUUGGUAUAGGUUUUCGAGAAAGAACCCAAGCUUAUGACUUCCAAGCUGCCCUUCAUGACCAUAUGAAAUACCUAAACAAAAAGAAGACUGCUGAAGAGAUGGAGCAGCAUUAUCAGAAGACGUCCUCAGUUGAUUACAGUCUAAAAGAAGGGGAAACACUGGUGUUGCAAAUAAAGAAUAAGGGAUCUCGCAGUUCCAAGUCUACAUUUUUUGAGCAGGGUCUCAACAAUCUCUCAUUGGAAGAAAAGGCAAAUAUGAAAGAGCCCACAAUCUGUCUCAAACCACCACCGCCCCCACCAGCUCCACUUUCACCUGUUGGCACUGCUCAGAAAGCACCAGUAAACUUUCCAUCUAAUUUCAGUCUUCAGGGGACUACUGAUGAUUCUGACCCACAUGGUCCGAAAGAAUGUCAAUCCAAAGAACCUUCUUCACAAGAAGAUAAGAACUCUCAAGAUACCGUGGAAGAUGACUUUGGAGAUUUUCAGGUGGCAGAUUAACUUUGUUUUAUGAAUCUCAACUUUUCUUUGCUUGAAUGCUUGAAAUGGUUGCAUGCUUCCAUUGGGAAGUAUGUCUUGGUUUUGGUCAAUGCACCGAUUUUAUACCCGUUAGUUUGGUUGAGAGGUUCUACACUUUCGGAGAUUGAUGAUCUCGAUUUACUUAGAAAAUAGAAUUUGUAUAAAAUUAUUAU